AUGCUAACAAGGAGGAGAAAUCGUAACACGCAGGACGGCGCGGCUCACACGACUGCCUUUUCCGAUGGUAGCGCAUCUACCGCCACUGCAGGUUCGACAUCGCGGCUGCCACUAAUAAGUAGUUCUCGUGUGGAUAAGAAAGAACUAAGUUCGAUGCUGGAGGACCUGAUGGUAGCCUUUGCACCCAACGUUUUGCCAUGUUUGCUUUGUGAUCAUAGUUGCGAGACUAAUUUCGGUACCAGCGCGGGUGAGGCACCCGCGGUAGAUACCAGUGUCUCCUCCCAGCUCCCGAUACGUCUUACGCGCGCUAUUUUGUUUAUGUACCUUCACACCUGCAGUGGGCCUCCCGACUACCCGCGAAUCAACCCCUGCACGACGUUGGAGUGCUGGAUCGAUCCGCUGGUCGCGCAGGGCUCUCGGCGAGCAGGCGGCAGCUGCAGUGAGGCCAUUGCCGAAGUGCUCGAAUCUCAAUACCGCUCGGUUUUGCGCGAGGAUAUCCCCAUCUCGCGCGUCGUGGAGGCGAACAUUGAGGUGGCAAGCAUGAUGCUUGGCAAGGCGCGCAACCUCACGCGGGAUGGUCGAGUUCUGGUUCACUACAACGGUCAUGGGAUGCCUCGCGCGACGGACCUCGGCGAGGUAUGGGUCUUUGAUUCCGAUCACACCCAUUACGUCCCGUUUAAUAUCACGGAUAUUUCGGAUCUGAUAGGGACACCGACUCUUUACAUCUUCGACUGCAAUGCUGCUGGGGCGAUUCUUCGGCAUUGGCAAAAGAACCUUCUGCACGAGAAGCGUCCGCACGACUUGUUUAUCUGUGCGUGUGAUGCGCACGAGACGCUGCCGCUGAACCCCGUCCUCCCUGCUGACAUGCUCACCUCUUGCCUGACGACGCCGUUGAAGAUGGUGCUUUGGUGGUAUAUCGGCUACUCGCACCACAAGAUGCUCCUUCCGCAGGUAACCGAGGAGAUGAUUCGCAACCUUCCGGGCGACCUCAGCGACCGUCGGAGCCCCCGCGGCGACCUGAAUUGGGUUCUGAACGCGGUCACCACCACCAUCGCGUGGUGCACGUUGCCGCCCUCGCAAUUUCACUACCUCUUCCGCCACGACCCCCGCACCCGGGCGAUCUUCCGUAAUGCGAUCCUGGCAGACCGCCUGAUGCGCGAGACUGGGGUCAUCCCCAUCACCUACCCCGCCCUCGCGGAGGAGAUGCACCUACACCCGAUGUGGGAGCUCUGGGAUUGCGUCCUGGAGCGGACGAUUGCCCAGCUGCCGGGGCUGAUGGCGGCCCCUUCGACCCGCCCGAAGGCCACGCCGGGCGUGCGCUAUCAGGAGUCCUCCUUCUUCGACGACCAGCUCCUGGCUUUCGAGGUGUGGGUGCACUACGGGGAUAUGACCCAGACGCCGCAGCAGCUGCCGUGCGUGUUGUUCGCGCUCACCCAAGUCCACCACCGCGUGCGCGCCUUCACGCUGCUCGCGAAGUAUUUGGAUUCCAGCCUCGCGGCCGGGCGGCUCGCGACCCUGUGCGGGAUUCUCCCCUACCUCAGCAGGCUGAUCGCGCAGGUCCCGGAGGUGCUUCUUAUCGUGACCGUCGUCUGGAUGCAGGUGAUUCGCGCCGACCCGCUCGAAGGCUGCGAGGAGAUCAGCCGGAGCAAGACGGAGAGCUACUUCACGAGUCUUCUCCGCCUGGACGAGGCGACCACGACGAUCGAGAUGGUGGAGUACGGGAAGCGGGUUGAUCACACCGCGGAGGCGGCGCGGGGGAACGCGGCCCUGCACGAGGCGGAGGUCGACACCUCCGGGCAGCUCCUACCACAGCGGGUGGUCUUUUCCCCGAUCGAGCCCGCGCUUCAGCCGUCGAGCGCGCGGGCCGCCGGGCUGGCGUCCGCCCUACGCUCCCCCCAGGCGAGCGGCAAGACGGCCCCGUCCCCUCACCUGACCAAAGGGGUCACCUAUUACCUCAUGAACGACGUCAGCCUGCCGCGGUCGAAGAGUAUGGUCUGCUAUAUCCUUUACCAGUAUCUGCUCCGCGGCAGGGAUCAAUGCCUUCUCUGCUGGAAUCACCACCUGCUGAACGCCGCCUUCCCUUGCCUGAGCCACGACGAUGUGGAGCUGCAGUCGUGGGCGUGUUUGGUGCUUUCGAUGUUGUUUCGGGGCCUACGGCACGCGAAGAACUUCGCCUCGCGCGAGUGCGCCUCGCGGUUGGAUCUCUUCUCGCGGCAUCUACGCGACCGCUCGCCCGUCGUCCGAAGCUCCUGCGUGACGUUGAUCGCGAGUGUGGUCGGCGUCCGGGUGGACCUCCUCCCGCCCGAUCAGCAGGUCCGCCGCCUGCAAAUGGAGAAGUCGGUGAUUAUUAAACUUCGGCAGAUCCUCUUCGACGCGAGCAUGAGCGUGCGCGGGGAGCUGAUUUUUUUUGCCUGCCAGAUGAUCUACGUCUACCGCAGCGUCCUACCGCGCAUGCGAGUCCCCGGGGUCGAGGACCUUUCGAUUCACGAGAUUGAGGCCUACGUGCGGGCGGUGGGGAAGGACUCGCCGCGGUGGGAGCUUGAGGAGCCCGGGGUGCAGGUUCAUUCCUUGCUCAACCUCAACCGCCCGACCCUCAACGCCAUUUUUGAUGACAAAAUCGUUUUUAAGACGACGGUGCUCACCGCGGAUGACCCUGUGCCGACGCCGGAGGAGCUCGACCCCGCGCUGAUCGUCGAGGAGGCGAUGGAGAUCCUGCUUGGGCUCGUGCACGACGCCGCGUUUAUGCUUUGGGAGCUCUACCGCAACUGCGAUGGGGCAAAGGUGGAGCGGGCGCUUUCGAAGCUUUCCACAGGGACGGCCCCGGAGUCCGCGCGUUUUGCGUCCGAGGCGCUUCGGACGAUGGCGCAUCUGCCCUCGCUCUCCUCCUCCUAUUACUUCACCGAGGCGGAUCGCGCGCGGGCGCGGUGGAAUGCCGACAUGAUGCGGCUUCUCGCGCUGGAUAAUAGCGGGCGGCGGUUGGAGCCUCGGCCCGGGUCGCUCAGCUCCCCCCCCUCCCCCCCGCGCGGCCUGAAGGAGACGGCGACGGCAGGGGGGGGUGACGGGGUGAUCGAGGUCGUGGAAGGCGGGGUCUCGGCGUUGUUGUCCGGCCCGACGCGGCCGAUUCGCACGCUGCUCGGGUCCGGCUCGCGGUAUCAAAUCUUUCCCAGCCUCGUGCGGUCAGACAUGGUGAUCUGCACGGCCCCCCGCACGCUGGAGAUGUCCUUUGUCAUGGCAACCAGAGACCAGCGGGUGAUGUACGUCUCCUACGAGGGCUACAACACCCUGACGGUGCAGAACAGCUUCGUGCCGCGCCUCGCCGGGCCGAUCCACGACCUUCUCGUCAUCAACGACCUUUCUGAGCACUCCGGGCUGCUCUUGGUGAACAAGCGCGGGGGCUUUACGCUGCUUAAAGGGGUGCUGGAGCGGGACGCGACGCCGACGGAGGCCGCGGUCUUCACCGCCUGCCUGCCGCCGCCGUCCGGGGCCUGGAUCGACCUCAAGACGGUCUACCACGGCCGGACGAUGACGCUCUUUUACGGCGGCGCGAUCGGGGCGGGCGGGAUGACGGAGAUCCACGGCUUCCGCGUCGGCGAGGAGCAGGUCACGCAACGCAUGGUGGUGCCUGGGAACCCCACGCUGAGCUGCCUCACCGCCCACACCUCCCAGCGCGCGCUUUUUGCGGGCUUCAGCGACGGCGUCGUGCGCUACUACGACGACCGGCGGAUGCAGGGCGGGGUCAGCGUUGUGGCCUCCCUGCCGGCCGGCGAGCGGGAGCGGGAGGCCGUCCUCGGCGUCGGCCCGAUCGCGACGGCGGCCUCCACCACCUUCCGCAUCGCCACCAUGACGUCCAGCGCGCUCUGCGUGUUCGAUACGCGGAAGCUGAACACGCCCACGCUGCGAAUGGGCGUGCGGGAGCUGCUGCUCGGGGGGGAGGGGGAGGGGAAGGGGAAGGGGCCGCUCUCCGCCCCGCUUCCUUCGAUCAGCUGCGGGGAGGUGGGGUUGUAUACGGGGCUUAUCGGGCUCGGCUUCAGCGACGGCAGCUACGCCGCAUUCAACCCCAAAGGUCAAAACCUCAUCGAGGGGCGGGUUCGCCCGUCGACCUGCCAAACCGAAGGCGGGGCAGCGUCAAAUCUGUUUCCACGGAGCCUUUCGUCGCACCCCUUGCGUCCACUUCUCACCUAUGGUGGGGAUUUGAUGUAUUUUCAUCUCUAA